UUAUUCGUCAUAAUGAGGAAAUUUGUGAACUUUAUACAGACAUUUUUACACAAACCUAUACACGACAAGAAAAAAAGAUGGUGUUGGAAAGCAUCAGUCGUCAAUCAUCAACAGAAGCUGUAUUAGAGAGAAGACAUAGUGGUUAUGAAGUUCUUCUGGUUGAUCCUUUGCCAGAACGUUUGAAAUGUCCAUUGUGUAAAAAGUUGAUGCGAAAUCCCAUUCAAACAUAUCGUGGUGAACUAGCUUGUGAAUAUUGUUAUCAACAUCAUCAAAAUGAUACCAAUAUAUGUCCGAUUGAUCAUGAGGCAACGUCUCCAGGAAGCACACAUAGGGAUAAAUUUCAGGAACAAGUUAUCGACAUGUUGCCAUGCUAUUGUAUCAAUAAGCAGCGCGGAUGUGACUGGAGAGGAACUGUGAAAGAUGCUGAGAACCAUCAGGCAGAAUGUCAAUUUGGGCCUGUUAAAUGCUGUUUCUGUGGUGAAAAUGUCCACGAUAGAAGUUUUAAGAACGACCAUUUGAUGAAUUGUACGGCUUUAAUUGAAAGAAAAACCUGCAUAUACGAGUCCAUUGGAUGUAAAUACAAGGUUACAAACGUUGAAGAACAUGUCCAGCAUCUCCUUAGUGAUUCAUAUCAACACGUAUUUCUGCAGCAAAAAGAGACGAACAAGCAGAAAGAAAUCGCACAACAUCUAAAGGAAGAACUAACAAAGAAAACCAUCGCAAUGAAAGAAAUAGAAGAAAAUCUAAAUGACAAUGUUUCUUCAUUACAGGAAAAAAUUUCCAAGUUGGUAAAAAAUGCAGAAGAUAGCCAAAAAGCAUUUUUACGUAUAAACACUCAAUUACAAAAACUUUCAAAUCAAAUGGAACAUAUCAAAUCUGCUGGUAAUAAUGAUUUAAACAAUGAAGUCAACACGAGUCUCAUGACUGAUAUUAACGAAAAAAUAGCAACUUUGGAUUUGAAACAGCAAUUAGGUGAAAACACUACAUAUGAUGGAAAGAUCUUAUGGAAGAUUGAUAACUUUUCAUAUAGAAUGCAACAAGCUGUAACGGGGAAAGUGACAGCAUUGCACAGCGCUCCAUGCUUUACAAGUAGAUAUGGAUACAAAUUCUGUGGACGCUUAUACCUAAAUGGAGACGGUAUGGGAAAAUGUUCUCACGUCUCCUUAUUCAUGGUUUUAAUGAAAUCGCAAUACGACAAUCUACUGGAUUGGCCAUUUAAUAAGCAUAUGAUGUUCAGAUUGAUCAAUCAGGAAGAUUACAGCAAAAGUAUUCAGGAAAGUUUCCUUCCAGAUGGAGCUUCAUCCAGCUUUCAGAAGCCAACUAGAGAAAUGAAUGUAGCAGCUGGCUGCCCCUUGUUUGUAUCAAAAGAGAAAUUGCUAAAUGAAUGCUUCGUCAAAGAUGAUGCAAUUUUUAUUGAAAUAUCUGCUAAAUAAUUUUAGGUUAUUUAAUCAAAGGAAAAGUAAAAAUGAAAUGUAAAUGUAAAUUAAAAAACAAUAAAUAGAACAGUAGUAAUAUUUGUAAUUAUUUAAUAGAAGGUUUAUAUUUUAGUAUCUUUGGUUUAGUGUUUAUAAAAUACGAUUAUUAAGUUUUUGUUAUAUGUGAAAUUUUCCACUUCAGUUUAUUUUAAAAAAGAAUGCAACUUUUAAAUAAAUUUAAGGGUCUGACUAACAUUAAAAUUAUGCCAGACAACCAGCCAAGGUAUCCGGUUUUCUUGGUUCUAUAUCAAAUUUAAGUUUAAAAAAAACCCGAAAUAUCUAAAAUUAUGAUUAUUGUUAUUGUAUUAGGAUGUAUAUUAGAUAUAAUUUUGUUACUUUCAUAGUGAUUUUGUUAGUUUUAUAAUCUUUUAAAUGGCAAAUGAAAAUUGAAAAAAUAGGAUGUUACAAUGCCUUGAGUACUUUAAACAAUUAUUACUUCAUAGUAGCUAUGUAUUCUUUUUAAGACAUAAACAAAAAUACACUGAAACUUCAUGUAUUCUUAUUUAAUCUUUUGCUUGUGAAUAAAUGCUAAUGUGCAGUGGAACCUCUUUGAGAUUUUGCUACUUCCGAUACAUAGAAGGAGUAAUCAGCUGUUCAUGAAGAAUAAUUUGUUAAGACAUCCAUAUGGCAAAAUCAUUGUCCAAAACAUGUUCCAGGAUCACAUUUAAAAGCAGAAGUGACUUAAAAGUUUCAAAUACAGAUUAAAAGUUUGUAAUUAUUGCUCAAAAAUUAAACGGUGAAAGAAUAUUAUUUUCCUGCUGGCCUAAAA